CUUCCGACGAGGAAUAUGGCAUUUGGUGAAAGACCAGCCACGAGCCGUGCUCAGGCUCCUGCUUCGGAUAAGAAUACUGCUUCUGAUCCAAAUGAGCCGCCAAAAGAGGAAAGACGCGGCUUAUUCGGACGAAGCAAGAAGACACUGAGUGUGAGCCCGAAAAGAACUACAGUUUCUAAUGGACUAGGGCGCGAUGACCAAAACCAAAAAGGGAAGACUACGCGUAUUCUCUAUACCACAGAUGAGGAAGUUCGCGAUGCUUUACUGGAGUUUGGUGUCUUCAUAAUCUUUCUUGUACUGACAUCUUUGGUUACUCUGUCUGUGCGUCACCCUCACAUGUUCUACUUUAACGAUACUGUAAAAAAACUGUUUACCACUCGAGAACUGGUUGUGGCUCCAUCAGUGACGAUAUCUUUUGAGAAGAUUCUCACUGUCCCAGAUUGGUGGGACUAUUUGGUGUACAACUAUAUAAGAACAUUGCACGGAGAUAUGACAAUUACUACUCCAGAAAGUAGCCUAGAUCCAAAUGGAAAUUUAACCAGUAGGAGCAACUCUGAAUCGUUGCGACAUGGCACAGCGACUCACUGGAAUGCAAGGGAGGGAUAUGUAGACCGCGAUGAUAAUGAAUCCCACCAACGGAACAAGGAAGUUGAAGCACGGACCCAAGAUGUCGGGCUUGAAGACGUAGUUGGGAACGCCAAUGCUGAAAACCGAGACCUGGGUGAACAAACUGUCGAUACAAAAAAAGAUCAGGGUGGUUUGGAUGGAAUCUCACAUCUCCAGGGUCGCGUAUUUUUGCUGGAGAACCUCCUACUCGGUCCCCCGCGACUUCGGCAGAUUCGUGUUCAAAAGGAGAGUUGCCAUGUUAACGAAGACUUUGUACGACACUUCAACACCUGCUACGCCGCAUAUUCGGCGGGAGUCGAGGAGAAAACCGGGUUGCACAAAGGCACACAAUUUCAUUCGAUGGGCGCACUCCACGCCACUCCGAUUUGGACAGUACUGGCAUUCUAUCGUACUGGUGGGUACAUUGCCGAUCUGACCUAUGAAAAGGAUGAAAAUCUUCGGAAAAUAAAUAAACUGAAGGAUGACAAUUGGCUGGAUCGUGGAUCAAGGCUUUGUUUGAUGGAGUUUAAUCUGUACAACGAGAAUACGGACAUAUUUCAGAGCGUCAAACUUCUAGCCGAAAUACCCCCCACGGGAGGUGUGAUUCCACAGACGCAUAUGCAAACUGUCAAGCAGUAUUCUUUUUUCACCGAUCGCAGUCUGACUAUGACUGUGAUCUAUAUAUUUUGGUACAUCAUGGUCGCCUACUACACUAUCUAUGAGAUCAAUGGAUUACGCAAGUCGGGCUGUAAAAUGUACUACAAAUCUUUGCUUAAUGUUCUCGACAGUAUUGUAUUAGUGCUUUGCUACCUGGCCUUGGUCUACAACGUCUGGCAUACCUUCCAAGUUCAGUCCCUUACAACUCAGGCCCAGACGCAUGAGGGCUAUCAAAGUAUUGAUGUUCUUUGUUUCGUGAACAUCAUCUACGUGGAUAUGAUGGCCAUUUUAGCUUUUCUUGUAUGGAUAAAAAUAUUCAAGUUUAUCAGUUUCAACAAAACACUGGUUCAGUUUACAACUACUUUAAGAAGGUGCUCCAAAGAUCUGGCUGGCUUCAGUCUCAUGUUUGGCAUUGUUUUCUUGGCCUAUGCUCAACUGGGUCUCCUGCUCUUUGGUACUAAGCAUCCAGAUUUUCAUAACUUUGUCACCUCAGUCUUGACCAUGAUCCGCAUGAUCUUGGGCGACUUUCAGUAUAAUCUCAUUGAGCAGGCGAAUCGAGUGCUGGGCCCGAUCUAUUUCCUCACCUAUAUUCUACUUGUAUUCUUUAUAUUGUUGAAUAUGUUCCUAGCCAUCAUCAUGGAAACUUAUAACUCGGUAAAGAGUGAAAUUACGCAAGGGCGCAGUCAAUUGGGCUCAUAUAUCUAUAAGAAGCUGGCUGGGGCCCUUUACUGGAUCAUCCACUGUGGCCGGAAGCGACGGGCUCAGCCUACCCGCCCCACUAUUUCUGCCAAUGAGGUUGAUCUGGAUGGCACGAACGCAGAAUUCGAGGAGCCUAAAGUGCUAACAAACAUCACCCAAGCAGACGCACGUUACUUUGAAGAGGUUCCCCCCGAUGUUCAAAACAAGGAACUAUUUCAUCUGACAAAUCGCGUGACACUGAUUGAAGAAAUUCUGGAACAGCUGGUCACCAAUAUGGAUGAUGUACUUAAACGCAUCGAGAGAGAGCAAGGCACAAGAAAGAACUAACCUCCAUGUACAUACAUAUGUAUGCAUCCCAG